AUGAAUGGGCGAUUACGAUUUCACUUUGUGCUGGCUUUAUUGCUGGCAUUUGCUAUAACGGCUUAUUCUCAUCCAAAGAUCAAAAAAGUUCAGAAACGUUUGCUAAAUUUGGACAAGACAUUAACGAUUCUAGAACCUGCAACGUCAAAGUUACCGAUCGUGAAUAAGGGUAUACCACCUCUAUCAAGUUUAUUGGAAAACAUCAAAUCUGCCAGAGCAGAAGUUCUUUAUGUUGGUGCAUUGGGUUAUAUUGCUUCUGUUGAGCAUUAUAUGGCUUCUUCGUCCGCUUUACCUUCUUGCGUCUUUCGUCCGGCAAUAACGAAUGACGUCGUUCUUGCUUUACAAAUAAUUGAUCAAGAAAGGAUCGAGUUCUCGGUAAAUAGCGGAAAACAUACUGGAAAUCCCGGAUUCAGCUCAACGAAAGGUGGAUUACAAAUUGAUAUGCGAAGGUUCAGUCAAGUGACUUUGUCCCAAGAUCGAACAUACGUUGACAUUGGUCCUGGAAACGUUUGGGAUAAUGUUUAUGCCGUUUUACAAGGUACAGGAAGGAUGGUAAAAGGCGGCAGAGUGAGCGGAGUUGGGGUUGGCGGAUUAAUGACGGGUGGUGGUGGCUAUAGCUUUUUCACGCAAAAGUAUGGAAUGGCGACAGAUUCACUCAUAAGCAUUGAUAUCGUUCUUCCUAAUGCAACGCAUGUUACCACUUCAGCCGAAUCCGACCCAGAUCUCUUUUGGGCGGUCAAAGGAGGAGGUAAUCAAUUCGGUAUCGUGACCAAUUUUAGGGUCAAAACGUUUGCCGUUCCAUCUGUAGUUUGGGGUGGAACCAGGCUUUACACUGGUCACGAAGAAGAUUUCAAACAGUACACAUUGAACAUCGCACAAAAUCUCACCGAUAGAAACGCAUCAGCUUCGAUCGAAUUCAUUUAUUACGCAAAAACGCCAAUAUUUGCCAUACAAGCCUAUUAUGAUGACGCUGAAUCUCCUGCAGGCACUUUUGAUUCAGGCUUGCCGCCAAAGGCACUCUUGCAACCUUUGCUGGAUACAUGGGGUCCAAACAAUAUGAAAGAUAUAGUCACAAGCUCACCUUCUAAUUUAACGAUCGGAUUACGAGGCUGUUUCAACGUCGCUUCUUUACACUACUAUAGCAAAACAAUUCUUGACGUAGCAAUCAACGAGAUUGAUAAACUCAAUGCAGAUCUUCUACAUUCCGGCUUCUACUUCCACGUUGCAAUUGAACCUGCAGGUCACAAUUAUGGUGCAUAUGCUGAUCCAACAAAUAGUAGUCCAUUCCCAUACUACAAAAGUCCACAAUCUUUACUGUUUUAUUUCGGUUGGGUGAGUGAAUUGGAUGAUGAAUUUUAUUUCCAAGCAAUCAAGAAUGCCGUUCAAUUGGUGGAAGAUCAAGCAAGAUCUGAAGGUCAAAAUGUUGAUAAUCUUGAGGUUUAUCCAAAUUAUUCUAUUUUCGAUACACCUCCGGAGAAGUUGUUUGGAGAUACCAACUUGGCCAGAUUACAAGAAAUCAAGAAAAAGUAUGAUCCUAACGGUAUAAUGCGUUUAACGACUUCGUUUGCAUUUUGAUG